AUCUUCUUGCUUUGCAUCAAAUUCAAAAAACAAAAUAAAAAGCUUGAAGCUGAAAAUACAGAAAGUAAAAGACAGCAAGUACCCCACAAACAAAGCAAGAAAAAAAAAAAAAAAGAAACAGCCACCAAUCAAUUGCGCAGCAUUUACAAUCAGAGAUUUCUUUUUGCUCACUCUCUUCUCCUUCUUUUGUUAUUUACAACCACCACCUAUCCAUCAAUGCUCUUCAUAAAUAUCUUCCAUUUCCCUUAUUUUAACGGCUACUUUUCUUGCUUUUCAUUAUUAUAACCCAGAAAACAACACAUACCUAUUUCUCAUUUCACUCAAAGAACUGUUCCUUUUGUGUUUUAGAAUAAUAUGGAUUUCUCUUCUUUCUUGACGUCCUUAGCGACGUCUUUCGUGAUCUUUCUAGUUUUAAUGUUUCUCUUUACAUGGUUAUCAAGACGACCUGGCAACGCUGUUGUUUAUUAUCCUAACCGCAUCUUGAAAGGUUUAGAACCAUGGGAAGGUGGGUCCAGGACCCGCAACCCGUUUGCUUGGAUCCGAGAAGCUAUGUCCUCCACUGAGCAGGAUAUUAUUGACAUGUCUGGUGUUGACACUGCUGUCUACUUUGUGUUCUUGAGCACUGUAUUGUCAAUAUUGGUGCUAUCUGGCAUCAUUCUACUACCAGUUCUUCUUCCCGUUGCUGCUACUGAGAAAAAUGUGACAGCGACAAAUUCUACAAGCGAGGGGAGUUUCAACGACCUUGACAAGUUGUCCAUGGGCCAUAUUAAUGAGAAGAGUUCGAGGCUGUGGGCUUUCCUGAUUUCUACCUACUGGGUUUCUCUUGUCACCUAUUUUAUGUUAUGGAAGGCGUACAUGCAUGUUUCUGGGCUGAGAGCUACUGCUCUGAUGUCCCCCGAAAUCAAACCUGAGCAAUUUGCUAUUCUUGUAAGGGACAUACCUGCUGUUGCUGAGGGCCAAAGUAGGAAGGAACAGGUGGAUUCGUAUUUUAAAUCUAUCUACCCAGAUACGUUUUACAGAUCCAUGGUGGUCACUGAAACUGAUAAGGUUAACAAAAUCUAUGAAGAGUUGGAAGGGUACAAGAAAAAGCUUGCACGCGCAGAAGCGAUAUAUGCUCAGUCCAAAGAAUUAGGCAAACCAGAAGGAUCAAGACCAACCACCAGAAUUGGCUUCCUUGGUCUGAUUGGUAAAGAAGUAGAUAGCAUAGAAUACUUCAAUGAGAAGAUUAAGGAACUGCUGCCAAAGUUGGAAGCUGAACAAAAAGUUACCCUACGGGAGAAGCAACAACCGUCUGCUCUGGUCUUUUUCACUAGCAGGGUGAUAGCAGCCUGUGCAUCACAGAGUCUGCAUGCCCAAAUGGUUGACACAUGGACAGUCAUGGAUGCUCCUGAAGCUCGUCAAGUAAUAUGGUCCAAUGUUAAAAUUACGUUUUUUCAGAGACAAAUACGACAAUACGUGGUGUAUAUCAUUGUGGCUCUGACCAUAUUCUUUUAUAUGAUACCGAUUGGAUUUAUUUCUGCAUUAACAACGUUGGCCAAUUUGAAGAAAAUACUUCCAUUUCUAAAGCCAGUUGUGGAUAUUGAUGCAGUCAAGACUGUGUUGGAAGCUUACCUACCUCAGCUUGCACUGAUCAUCUUUUUGGCAUUGUUGCCCAGUUUUCUUAUGUUUCUCUCCAAGUUAGAGGGAAUUCCUUCAGUGAGCCACGCUGUAAGGGCUACAUCUGGAAAGUACUUUUACUUUACUGUGUUGAAUGUUUUUUUAGGAGUUACACUCAGUGGCACCUUAUUUAGUGCCUUCAAGAAAAUUCAGAAGGAUCCCAAUUCCACUGUUACCUUGCUAGCAGAUGGCCUCCCAGGCAAUGCAACUUUCUUCCUGACCUUUGUGGCUCUGAAAUUCUUUGUUGGAUAUGGUCUUGAGCUGUCUCGUAUAGUUCCAUUAAUCAUAUAUCAUUUGAAGAGGAAGUACCUUUGCAAGACUGAAGAUGAAUUGAAAGAAGCUUGGAAACCUGGGGAUUUUGGGUAUGCAACUAGAGUUCCUGGUGAUAUGCUUAUCAUUACAAUCGUCCUCUGCUACUCUAUCAUAGCUCCCCUUAUUAUCCCAUUUGGAGUGGUGUACUUCGGACUUGGAUGGCUUGUUCUUCGAAAUCAGGCACUCAAAGUAUUUGUUCCAUCCUUUGAGAGCUACGGAAGGAUGUGGCCUCAUAUUCAUACACGGAUUCUGGCGUCUCUAUUGUUGUUCCAAGUUACGAUGUUUGGUUAUUUUGGGGUGAAGAAAUUCGUAUUUGCUCCAUUUCUACUCCCACUUCCCAUAAUUACCUUGAUCUUCGUCUUUGUCUGUAGGAAAAAAUUCUACAGAUCUUUCUGUAAUCCAGCUCUUGAAGUUGCUUGCCGUGGAUUGAAGGAAAUUCCAAACAUGGAACAGAUCUUUAGAUCCUUCAUCCCACCAAGCUUAAACUCCGAGAAAAUUGACGACGACCAGUUCGAAGAUGCAUUAUCACAAAUUUCAAGAAUGGGGUCAUUUGCUUGAUAUACAAAUAUCCAUCUGUUGCCACUUAGGUUCUGUUAUUUCCCACUUUGUGUUUUUUAAGGAUAGAACGGGAUAAUUCGUUAGUUAUUUGUAACAUAGCUAGUAUUUCUCCUAUCUUUCUUUUCGUAGUUUUUCUUUGGAUAUUCUGUAAAGCAUCUUCUUAAUAUUUAGCAUAGUUUGGUGGUUCCAACAGUUGUUUAGAGAAUAUAUUUAAGGACCUCAAUGAUAUCUUUCUUUUGUUUUA